AUUUUAGGUACAUAGGAUUUUGCCGGGCUGCAUAUUACCGGACUGCCACUCGAUGUACGUUGAUGUGUAUCUGAGUUCCUUUGCCUCUCGUCCACCACAUCAACUUGCUAGUCACCCACUGUCAGGACUUUUAUGAAUACCGGUAAGCAGCAGAAGCCAGUGCUUACAGGCCAGAGGUUUAAGACCAGGAAAAGGGAUGAAAAGGAGAAGUUUGAGCCCACAGUUUUCCGAGACACGAUCGUUCUGGGCCUCAACGAAGCAGGCGGGGACCUAGAUGCUUUGGCCAAGUUCCUCGAUGUCACGGGCUCACGACUCGACUACCGUCGCUAUGCCGACACCCUCUUUGACAUCCUCAUCACAGGGAGCAUGCUUGCUCCCGGAGGGACGCGCAUUGAUGAGGGUGACAAGACCAAGGUGACGGCACACUGCGUGUUCACUAUCGAAGAAAAUCACUCCGCCCUCAAACGCUAUGCUCAGGUUUUUAAUAAGCUCAUUAGGAGAUACAAAUACCUAGAGAAGGGCUUUGAAGAGGAGAUCAAAAAGCUGUUGCUCUUCCUGAAAGCCUUCAGUGAGUCUGAGCAGACCAAGCUGGCCAUGCUGACCGGCAUCCUCCUGGCCAACGGAACACUGCCCCCCCCGAUCCUCACCAGCCUCUUCAGUGACAAUGUUGUCAAGGAAGGCAUCUCUGCAUCCUUUGCAGUAAAGAUGUUUAAGGCGUGGAUAGCCGAGAAAGAUGCCAAUUCAGUUACUUCUGCCUUGAGAAAGGCCAGCCUCGAUAAAAGACUGCUGGAGUUGUUUCCUGUCAACAAGCAGAACGUGGAGCAUUUCUCUGUGUACUUCAACGAAGCGGGGCUGAAGGAGUUAUCAGACUUCCUGCGCGUGCAGCAGAGCCUGGGAACCCGCAAGGAGCUUCAGAAGGAACUGCAAGAGCGCCUGUCUCAGGAGUGCCCCAUCCGAGAGAUGGUGGUAUAUGUAAAGGAGGAGAUGAAGAGGAAUGAGCUUCAGGAGCAGGCUGUGAUUGGUCUGUUGUGGACGUGCCUCAUGAACGCUAUGGAGUGGAACAAGAAGGAGGAGCUGGUCACCGAGCAGGCUCUCAAACAUCUUAAGUACUAUGCCCCUCUGCUGGCUGUGUUCAGCACCCAGGGCCAGUCAGAGCUGGUCCUGCUGCUGAAGAUCCAGGAAUACUGCUACGACAAUAUCCACUUCAUGAAGUCCUUCUGCAAGAUUGUGAUGCUCUUCUAUAAAGCUGACGUACUGAGCGAGGAAGCCAUCAUGAGGUGGUACAAAGAUGGACACGCUACCAAAGGGAAGAGUGUCUUUCUGGAACAGAUGAAGAAGUUUGUCGAGUGGCUGCAGAACGCUGAAGAAGAGUCCGAGUCUGAGGGAGAGGAGGACUAACCACUGGAAAGACAGGAGUCACUCUCUACAUCCUAUGGCCUGUAUCCUGUGUCCGUGCCCCUGUAGUCCCCACUUUGCAUUUAGUGUCCAGUCACUCCUGUUCUCUUGGGCCCAGACCACAGGCCCUAGGUAGCCAAGCACAUCACCAGGGCAUAUACCACUUGACACCUCAGCAGAAGGAGACAUGUCAACCUUUCCACAAGGUCUCACACUCUGGCAUAAAAAAAACUCCCUUUAACAAUGUUGUUCAGGUAUAGCGAUAAGGACCUCAUAAUAUGCUGUCGAUUUUGAAACUUGAUUUAUGAAACUCGCACAUAUGGAACUUGGCAAUGCUUUGAUCUUUUUAUGAAUAAAGUGUUUUGUAUGUAUUA